AUGCAGCAAGCGGAGAAGCGGCUGCUCAAGGCUCUGAAGGCCCUCAAGCGGGCGCUGCAGGUGGCGGAGGCGUCCCGCGAGCUGCACACGUCGCCGCUGGCGUUGGCGGACGCUUCCCCCAGCGUCUCCGCCGUGCUAACUCGUGUCGUGAGUUCUUGCAACGAUGUUGGGCCUCUCAUGAGGAAGCUGCACCAUGCAGUGAAUCUUCCUGGUGCUGCGGUAGCGGACGAAGGGGAUGCGUCGUCAAAGAUACGCCCUUUUGCUCGUGAAACGCGAACUAGAGCCGAGCCGCUCCCUCCACGCAGACCAAGCAGCCGCAAGCGUAAGGCACCCGAGCGCUAUCUUGACCCCCUGUCCCUUCCACCAGUCAAGAAACUCACCCCCGACGAGGUUCUGGAAAAGAGACUGGCGCUUGCUCCGCGAGGCGAAUUCGGGUCAGUGGUGCGCUCGUGUUUGCUAGCAGUGCGACACUCGUUAUUCCACACGGCGAUUGCCCAACUGCAAGAAACAUGCCGCACCCUUGCAGACGCGAAGGACCGUGGAGCGGACAUCGCGUUGUACAUGGACAACAUCCAGGCAGCGGUGACCUCUACAGUUCUCAGCAUUGUCCAGAGAGAGAUUCGUGUGGAGCGAAGUGAGUUGCGAGCCAUUCUUGUUCUCAUGCAGCGUUUACCGCGGGAGUUCCCCGAGACAGCGAAGCUGCGGAGGUACAUUUCGACCAAGUACGAGACCCCCGCGGACGAAAAACUCUGCAAGAUGCUAGUUGAGGUGCGUGGAUGGUGUCGUGACGACACGUACAGCGUUUCUGUGUUUGAAAACCGCCUCCAGUUCGUGAAGGAGACGAUGGAAGGGUUAACAUACGAGGGUUACGAGCCCCAUUGGGACAGAACAAUCGCGGAGUUGCUAUUCCGCCUUGGAUGCUGUCUCCAAGCAUUUGGGAUCGGAUGGUCACAAGAUCAGCGGUACGACACCAUUCGGUCGCUGCUGUACGAGAUGAAAAGCGCUGAACGACGGCAUUAGCUUGAGCUCGCUAAAUCACUACCAACCGGUAUGCUACCUGUUUUAAUAUUAAAAUAGUAGUAGUACAC